UCCUCCUCGACUACUCCAGACUAAAGGUCUAAACCCCACGCCACAGGUCUCGCCCAACUAGAGUUUUUUCCUAUUUAUCCCUGUCGCUCUCCGUGGACCUGGGUCCGGGUCACCGUCUCAGCUGUUUAGGAUGUUUUCCUUGUUAUUCAAACUAAUCUUUGCGCUAGAUGGCCUAUGCAAAGAAAGUUUGUUAUUUUUCUGGUGGGUUUUCUCUUUAACCCCCCUCAGCUCUCGUAAAUUCGGUUCCACAUCUAUUUUCCCUCCCACCCUUUGGAGGUUCCGACCACCGCAAGUCCUGAGCUCAUUCUUUAUGGGUCCCAGGGCCAUAAACCCAACUUUGCCUCGAAGUUUGUGUUCUAGUUCUCACAUUACUUUUGAUAGGAAGGAAGUUCUUCAGUUCUUUUUCGCCCGAAUUCCGCUGCUCCCGCAUUAAAGGCAACAAGCAAGACCCCAACCCAGCCUGCUCAACCCCGCACCUCACCUCCAUAUUUCUGUCCCCUUUACCCUUCCACCAAAACUGAACGGUUUUUGCUCCGUGUAUUUUUGCUUUGCUUUUGACAUCAGCUUAAUGGCUCCACGUUUUCUCUGUAAUCUGAGUCCCUUUCAGGCACACAUUUCUCCGUUCUCAUCUCACCCCAAUUAACCUAAGCGUUGGGCAUAAUAUUUUCUUUUCAAAUUCUCCUUACAUUCAACUGAACCAUUGACUUCCAAACUUUGUCUCCCCCCGCCCCAUGGAGGAACUACUGAUUCAAACGAAAUCUUUCACCUGGCACGUAAAUCGGAUAUAAUAACAGCAUCAGUGAGGGGAGUUAGGGGGAGUCGUAUUUACAAGGAGGUUCCGAAUGUACCUUUCCAGCAACUAACCAAACGUGUACAACCAAAGCUGUCCUAAUCUCGGUUUCUGCCGGCCGCGCUUGAGUCUGGCUCAUUGUACAGCCCUCACUCAGGUCUCCCCACUUUUCCCACGCCAGGUCCAGCCAUGGAGCUGCGCUCGGAGCUGCCCAGCGUGCCCGGCGCCGGGACGGCAGCAGCGACAGCGACGGGACCUCCCGUGGCCUCAGUGGCGUCGGUGGCCGCGGCGGCGGCUGCCGCAGCGUCGUUACCAGUGAGCGUGGCCGGGGGCUUGCUGCGGGCGCCGCCCCUGCUGUUGAGGGCAGCGGAGAAGUACCCGCGGACGCCCAAAUGCGCGCGCUGCCGCAACCACGGAGUGGUGUCUGCGCUCAAGGGCCACAAGCGCUACUGCCGCUGGAAGGACUGCCUGUGUGCCAAGUGCACGCUCAUCGCCGAGCGCCAGCGCGUCAUGGCGGCACAGGUGGCGUUGCGCAGGCAGCAGGCGCAGGAGGAGAACGAGGCGCGCGAGUUGCAACUGCUGUAUGGUACUGCCGAGGGCCUGGCGCUGGCCGCCGCCAACGGCAUCAUCCCACCGCGGCCUGCCUAUGAAGUCUUUGGCUCUGUGUGCGCCACCGACGGCGGGGGGCCCGGAGCUGGAGCGCCCGCGGGGAGUGCCGGGGGCGCAGGGGGCGCAGAGGCCAAGUUACAGAAGUUUGAUCUGUUUCCCAAGACUCUGCUUCAAGCCGGCCGCCCCGACAGUCCGCAGCCGCAGCCUGGGAAGCCCUUGUCGCCCGACGGCGCGGACUCGGGUCCGGGGACCUCAUCCCCAGAGGUGCGACCCGGCUCAGGCUCGGAGAACGGAGAUGGCGAAUCCUUUUCGGGGUCGCCUCUGGCCCGGGCCUCUAAGGAGGCAGGUGGCAGCUGCCCUAGCAGCACGGGCCCUGGCGGUGGCGGCGAGGAGGACAGCCCUGGCUCUUCCAGUCCCCUGGGUUCCGAAUCAGGGUCAGAGGCUGACAAAGAAGAGGCCGAGGCCGCACCGACUCCGGGGCUGGGUGGCGGCCCGGGUCCGCGGCAGCGGACGCCGCUGGACAUCUUGACGCGCGUCUUCCCAGGCCACCGGAGAGGCGUCCUGGAGCUGGUGCUGCAGGGUUGCGGCGGCGACGUGGUGCAGGCCAUCGAGCAGGUGCUGAACCACCACCGCGGAGGCCUGGCGGCCGGCCUGGGCCCCGGCGCGCCGCUGGAGAAGGCCACGGUGAGCGCGGCCGUAGCGGUGGACGACGCGUGGCCCGGGCGCGUGGACGCCGCAGCCGCCGGGGGGCCCGGGCUGCCCGCUCCGCUGCAGAGCGGGCCCGCCGCGCCCCCGCACCACAGACCCUUGCUGGCCGGGGCCAUGACGCCGGGCGCGCUGGGAUCGCUCAGCAGCCGCUCGGCCUUCUCGCCGCUGCAGCCCAACGCCAGCCACUUCGGCGCCGACGCGGGCGCCUACCCUCUGGGCGCACCUCUCGGCCUGAGCCCGCUGCGCCUGGCCUACUCGGCGGCGGCGGCCCACAGCCGCGGCCUGGCCUUCAUGGCGCCCUACUCCACCGCCGGCCUGGUGCCCACGCUCGGCUUCCGCCCGCCCAUGGACUACGCCUUCAGCGACCUCAUGCGCGACCGCUCGGCCGCCGCCGCCGCCGCGGUGCACAAGGAGCCCGGCUACGGGAGCGGGCUGUACGGGCCCAUGGUCAAUGGCACCCCCGAGAAGCAGUAGGACACGGGCCCCGCAGCCCGGCGGCCCCAAACACUGACCCAGCCUGCUCCCCAGCCACGGGCCCCUCCUCUCCCUGCCCCGCGCCCUCGGCUCCGAAUUGGCUUUGGGGAUUUGUUUUGAAGGGUGGGAGCACCUCGGCUAACCACGCAGGUGUCCUCUGAGGGGCCUUGUGGUCUGGGUGCUCGGUCAGCCUCAGGCCGCCUUCCACCAAGCCUGCUCGCCUUGUGGUCAAAAUGCCGGGGAUCUCUAAGAAUCCCGAGGGCGGCUGUGGCCAUGCCUGCCCCUGCUGCUCCCUCUGCUCCGCUCGCCUUGCCAGCACCGCGCUCAGGUGGACGGCAGGACAAAUCAGCCUCAUGUGUGUCCUCCAGUACCCACUCCCCUUUCAUUAAAAAAAAUCCACUCCAACAAAUAUAAAUUUAGGAUGUAUACAUCUCUUGGCACUGAGUCGAGUCUUUGGGACACGCAUAUAUAUCGAUAUCAAUUGUAAAAAAACAAACAGGAAACGUUCUAAGGUGCACUUUCCUCGUUGCGGUAUUUGUCGCUCUCUUUGUUGCUUAUGCCGAUAAGCAUGGGUUUCCUUGGUGCAGUGUGAGUUUUUAUAUAUGUAUAAAUCUAUAUAUAAUCUAUACAUAUAUAUAUACAGCCAGUGUAUAAUGUUAUAAAAUGGAAUUCUAAGUUAUUGUAAUCUGUAGGUGACCUCGGUAUUAACGUGAAAAACAUUCAAAAUCAAAGCAAAAAAAAGGACAAAAUGGGAAAAUUGGACUUUUCGCGAAUUGUACGUAUCGGGUUUUAUAGAUGAGAUCUACUGUACGCUGGGGAGGAACCCUGCCCACCCCUCGCCUCUGGCCUGCGGCUGUUCUUCGUUUCGGAGCAGUCCAGGCCGCUCUGAAGCACGAAUAGAGUCGGGUGACAGAACCAGAAGCUCCGGGACUCGCCAGCGAGCGACGCUGCGGAGAACUGCUCACUUUGUGCUUUCCUUUGCAUAGGUAUGAGCUAGAAAUAAAUGUUAUUUUCUAAAUAAA